AUGGGGACGGCGAUUCUCCGAUCACAGGAUUGUCUUCGAGGUCGUUUCCGCCACGAAGCCCUAGCCUUAACCUUGACUUCACGCUCCGGAUCGCGCCGGAGCCCCAAUUUUUCUAACCCUAACCCUAACCCUAACUCCGGCUCUAAUGGCUCGCAGUCUCGCCGCCGGAAGAGGAGUCCGGUCGGCGUUCAAUCCAAUCAACGCGAUCGGAUGGUGGCGAAGGUUCCGGGGAAGAACUUGGUGAUGGGGCAGGUGAAGAUCCUCAGGCGCGGCGAGGCGUUGAAUCCGGCGACGGAAGAUGAGAUAGUGGUCGGAGUUGGUGGUAGAGAUGAUCGGAAGGAGAGGGAGAAGAGCGUGGAGUGUUCGGAUUCGGAUCUGGUGUUGGGAUCCACGGACCGGUUGGGACCCGACCCGGAGACGGUGCAGAAGCAGAUCAAGGUUGCAGAGUUCAAGGUGAUGGAUGCGAUCUACGCUGGAUCGGGAGCUUAUUAUGCUUCUCCGCCGCCGAGCUCCGUUCCGUUGCCUGCUUUUUUGGCUAAGAACGGAGCGGCGACCAGCGAUCUGCGAAGGCUGCUGCGUCUCGAUUUGGUGUGA